AGACAACACCGUUUUAACGCUUGAUCGAGUAUGUUACCAAAAAAGUUAAAAGGAAAGAAAAAAAUGAAGUCCUCGUAAUUGGUCAAUUGCAUUACACGUAGAAAUUAGGGCAGCCUUCUCAGUCCUUACCACUUUCUUCCCCCGAUCACAGUGAAUUCAACGAUUCUGAAGAAUAUGAUGUUUCAUUGACUGAGUCCCUCGUUUCAACCAAUUCAGGUACCAACUCGUUCUCGUAAUCAAACGAUGGAGGCUGUACGAAAUGGUUUCAAUUCCAAGGAAGAAGACGAGCUGCCCGAGCUAUCUGCCGGAAAGAAGCUGAAAAGCCCUAAUUCUGAUGGCUCUGCGAUUUUGAACUACCAGGUUCUCCAAAACUUUUUCCAGGAUACGGAUGUUCAGGAAAAAGAAAGUUGCCACAUAUCUCUUGUACAUGUUGAUGCAAUUGACUUUGAUGGUAACGUUGACAAUGCUACUCCAUUUGCUGCCAAAGAAGAAAAUUUUAGGUUGGAUGUUGCUUCCAAGUCCAAAUGUGAAAACCACGAAGAGCAAAUUCAGUUUAAGGAAGAUAAUCUUGAAUCCAGAAGUCUCAGUCCUGAACUGGAGUUGGUAAAUUCAUGCCACGGGCCAUCUUCUCAGACAUGCCAUUUAAGUUGUGGCAUCUUGGAGACUCUUUCCCGUAAUGAGCCAGUUGAUCCAAUGUCAGAUGAUGACGAAAGCAUGAAAGAUCAUUGUCCAUCAAGUCCUGCUUCUGAUAUAGGAGAAGAUGGCGUUUCCAUGAAAGGGCAGAAAAAUAUUCUUCUCGAUGGUGAUUCAGAAAUGGCUGAUAUGGAUGUGGCAGUCGUUAUAUCGCCAGAUUAUAUUGUGCUUCAGGAUAAGUAUUGUACUGAAGCCCUGGUAGCCUUUUCCCAUGAUAGUAUCAAAAUAAAAUGUUCAACCAUACCCGAUGGCCAGGGGAGGUUUAAUUUUGAGUGGGGAGUGGAUGAUAUUAUUGAUAUCGAGUGCCAGUGGGUUCAAAGAGUUGGGUUUGUUAUUCUGAAGUUCCAUAUGCUAUCGAAGGAUGCUAUGCACUGUGAGGAUGCACGCGGUGCUCCAGCUAUUGAGGAAUUGAGGUUUGCAGUUGCUGACAAAAACUGGUCUCAGAAGCAAGAAGAAAUCACCUCUUUGAAUGUCAAAUACCUGGCUGUAUGGGAUUUAGUGCUUGUUGAGGAUGUGCAAUUAGAUGAAAUCGCUUUGUGUCGACAGAGGCGAUAUUUUCCAAAUUUUGAUGAGCCUUUUGAGGAGGUUGUCUAUCCAAAGGGGGAUUCAGAUGCUGUUUCCAUUAGCAAGAGGGAUGUUGAUCUCUUACAGCCCGGGAUAUUCAUCAAUGAUACAAUUAUCGACUUCUAUAUAAAGUAUUUGAAGAAUCAGAUGCAACCUGAGGAAAAACAGAAGUUCCAUUUCUUUAAUAGCUUUUUCUUUCGGAAGCUUGCUGAUCUUGACAAGGAUCCAUCUAGUAUUUCUGAUGGAAGGGCUGCAUUUCUACGUGUUCAAAAGUGGACAAGGAAAGUUGAUUUAUUUGGAAAAGAUUACAUCUUCAUUCCUGUAAACUUCAGUCUUCACUGGAGUUUGAUAGUCAUCUGUCACCCUGGUGAAGUGGCUAGUUUUGAGGAUGAGGAUUUGGAUGGUUCAUUAAAAGUACCUUGUAUAUUGCAUAUGGAUUCAAUCAAAGGAAAUCAUGCAGGCCUCAAAAAUCUUGUUCAGAGGUACCUGUAUGAAGAGUGGAAAGAGAGGCAUAAGGAGGCAUUGGAUGAUAUUUCGUCAAAAUUCUUGAAUUUGCGGUUUGUCACCCUUGAGCUGCCACAGCAGGAAAAUUUAUAUGAUUGUGGCCUAUUUUUGCUGCACUAUCUUGAGCUCUUUCUGAAUGAAGCUCCUGUUAAUUUCAGUCCGUUCAAAUUAUCCAAGUUUUCUAACUUUCUUAAUUCAGACUGGUUUCCACCAUCUGAGGCUUCCCUUAAGCGCACUCUUAUCCAGAAGUUAAUUUUUGGACUUAUUGAACAUCAUUCUCAAGAAACAAGCGGAGCCGAUCAUCAUUCCCCCAGGCUUUCAGAAGAUAAUGGGAAUGAAGCAUGUGUUGAGUUCCUUCAGGAAAGAUGCCAUCCCUCGGCAGCAUGUCAUGGGAAUUUAUCAAAUCCCCCAGCCAGCAGAGGAAUUGAAAUGACGCUAUUGGCAGCAGCCUCUGAUUUACAGAGUUUGAACGAGUCUGGCUUGGUUCUUAAAGAGUUGCUUGAUCCAGGGGCUACUUCAGGGUCAUUACUUGGGCAGUUUGAAUCUUUUGUUCCAUCAUCUUCAUUUUACCUAAAUGGUACCGUGUCACCAAGGGAGCAAGAGGAUGCAGAAACUCGUGAGCAGUUAGUCUAUUUGACUUCACGAGGAAGUAAUUUUCGUAUCUCUGGGAUCACACAUCAGCCCAGUGCAGUUCCAUUGUCAUCCAGAGGGUUUGGUACUGAGACGCCCUGGAACCCAGAAUUGUCAAUGCAAGGGGAGAAUGAGGAUGGCUCAUCCUCCCCGGCUUUAUCUGCUUCUGAUGAUUCAGAAGAUAUAGGGAUUAUUGAAAAUAACUUUGUCGAAGAAGCAGGUCUGCAGAACAAAAAGGUCGCGCAUGUAUUUCCAUCAGUGCAAAAUCUUGGUUUAACAAAAGGCUCUGACACUGUCUCUAAUUUAUCAUUGGAGAAUCCUGUUAGUAGAGAUUCGUGUGGUUCUAUUGAGGUGCUAGAUGAAAAUGAAAAUCAAGAUCUCCUCUCUUAUCCUCCCAUGUCAUUGGAGCCAGAUGCUAAUAUGGCUGAAAAGAGAUUGCAUCAAGACACUGAAAUGGUAGAAAACAAGAAUUCGUGCAGUGACGUGGGAACAAACACUGAUAAUCUCUCAACAGAAUCACCUGAGCUGCAACCUUCAAAGAGGCUGCGGCUUACCACUCUUGUCGACAGAGAAACUGGAUUUGUCGAAAGUUAGUAGAAGGAUCUCAAGCUGUAAGUAGAGACCGAAUAACUUUCUCGUAUAUUUCUCCUUUUCAACCUAGAUUUGACUAGGCUUAGACAGUUAGUGAUGUAAAUAAGUAGCAUUAGUGUUUGGAUGCAGUCCUCGGGCUAGGAAGAUUCAUUAUGGUUAAUUUCCUCUGUGAUUUAAAAUUGUCAAGUCCUCUACUUGCCAUGAUAGAGAAAUGAGUUUGAGAAAUAGUUGGAGCAGGUGUAGUAAUAGCUAGUCUACAAUUCACUGUUAUUUCUCUUAUUGCGGAGCCAAGAAGCUAACAAACCAAUAUUGUUUACGGGAUCAAUUUGAGGUUAACAUAAUUUGAUCAACGAAUUCAAAACUCUAUGUGUCUAUCAGCAGUUACUGCUCUUAUUAUGGUGGCUCCAGGCGGCUUCAAUGCCUUGGUUGCCGUGUUGGGCUGGCAGGAGGAAGGCCGGUUGCCACAUCGGGCAGGAGGAAGGCCAGUUAGGUUGCUCCUAAUGAGUGCAGCCUGACUAUAUUAGCAACUGUGACAGACUUGAUCAUGUAAAUUUCCUCACAAGUUUGAUACACAUUCAGGACUCGUUAAAUCUGCCUUUUAGUUGAUAGAAUCGGGAGUAUGGUCAAGAACCAUAAACAGAAAAUCUCUCCGCUGUGGAAA